AUGGUCCGUAUGAACCUCCUUUUGGCCUUGGCCAUCACCUCUUUCAGCGCCACCAUGGCCGCUCCUGGGGCUUCCACUUGUGACCUCAAGUACGAUGCCUGCCGUGGCGCCCCUGGUGCAAACAUGUCGACCUGCGCUUCCGAGAAGGCUGCCUGUGAGGCUGCUGGUUCGAGUUGCCAGGCCCAAUACGACGCCUGCCGUGGUGCCCCUGGCGCGAAUCUGUCGACUUGCGCCUCUGACAAGGCCGCGUGUGAGGCUGGUUCGAGCUGCCAGGCCAAGUACGACUCCUGCCGUGGCGCCCCUGGUGCCAACCUUUCGACCUGCGCCUCUGAGAAGGCUGCCUGCGAUGCGGACAGCGGAAGCACCCCGACUUCAACUGAGGCUCCUCAGCCCACCUCGUCCGGUACUAGCGACUGCCAGACUAAGUACGAUGACUGCCGUGGUAAGCCUGGUGCGAACCUGUCGACCUGUGUCUCUGACAAGGCCGCCUGUGAGGCUGCUGGUUCCAGCUGCCAGGCCAAGUACGAUGCUUGCCGUGGUACCCCUGGUGCCAACCUUUCGACCUGCGCUUCCGAGAAGGCUGCCUGUGACGGCACAAGCACCGUGACUUCUACUGAGGCUCCUCAAUCCACCUCGUCUGGCACCAGCGACUGCCAGGCCAAGUACGAUUCCUGCCGCGGUAAGCCCGGUGCCAACCUCUCGACCUGCGUCUCUGACAAGGCCGCUUGUGAGGCUGCUGGUUCCAGCUGCCAGGCUAAGUACGAUGCCUGCCGUGGUACCCCCGGUGCCAACCUUUCGACCUGCGCUUCCGAGAAGGCUGCCUGCGACGCCAACAGUGGAAGCACCUCGACUAUGACUGAGGCUCCUAAGCCCACCUCAUCGGGCACUUCCGACUGCCAGUCUAAGUACGAUGCUUGCCGCGGUAAGCCCGGUGCCAACCUGUCGACCUGCGCCUCUGACAAGGCCGCCUGUGAGGCUGCCGGUUCCAGCUGCCAAGCCAAGUACGAUGCCUGCCGUGGUACCCCCGGUGCCAACCUGUCGACCUGCGUUUCCGAGAAGGCUGCCUGUGACGCCAACGGCGGAAGCACCUUGACUACAACUGUGGCUCCUCAGCCCACCUCGUCCGGCACUAGCGACUGCCAGGCCAAGUACGAUGCUUGCCGUGGUGCCCCUGGUGCAAACCUGUCGACCUGUGCUUCUAAGAAGGCUGCCUGUGACGCGAACAAUGGCGGCAGCUCCCCCUCCUCGGAUGGCUCUGCUUCGGCAACCCCUUCACCUAUCUUCAAUGGUGCAAGCCGGCUCUCGGGCAAUCUUGCUGCCGUGGGUGUCUUGGCUCUCGGCCUGGCCAUCUAA